AUGGAACAGGCCUCGAACGUUGGUGACACUAGAAAGCUCUUUCGUCUGAUCCGCCAAGUAAGCGGUAAGCCCUCUACACUGAGUGACUCUGUUCGCGAUGUGAACGGCGGCUUUAUUGCUGACAAAUCGGCCAAAGUCGAGCGCUGGCGUGAGCACUUUGAGCACCAUCUCAACUUCGAUACCCAACCUGCAUCGCCCUUGUUCUCCUCCUCAGCGGAGUUUCUUCCCUCUCCUACCUAUGCAGUGCCAUGCGAUCCCCCCCUCCGAAGAAGAAGUCGACGAUGCCAUACGAAAGUUGCGCAACAAUAAGGAACCCGGAGAUGACGGUAUACACGCUGAAAUCUUUAAGUCUUGUGUCCACACUCUGGCGCCCUGGCUCCAUGAGGUGAUUGAACGAGCGUGGAGAGACGAGGUUGUUCCUGAUGACUGGGGCUUAGGCAUCCUUGCACCUAUCCUCAAGAAGGGAGAUAAGACGAGAUGUGAGAACUACCGCGGCAUAAGUCUCAUCAACGUUGCUGCGAAGAUCUUCGCUUUUGUCCUCCUCAGACGAUUCCAGACUGUGCGUGACUCAAGGACGAGGCCCAACCAAGCCGGAUUUUGUGCUGGACGUGGAUGCGCAGAUCAGAUAUUCACACAGAGGCGCAUUCUCGAAUUUCGCCAUAGCUACCAACAACCGACGGCCGUCUGCAUUGUUGACUUUGCCGCCACGUUCGAUUCCGUUCACCGUGAGUCCCUGUGGCGGAUAAUGGCGCUAGAUGGUGUACCGGCAAAAAUCAUCGCCAUGAUCAAGGCCUGCUAUCGUUCCACUACUGCGAGAAUCCUGGUCCGUAACAAUUUUUUCCCAACCGUUCGGUAUUCGGUCUGGCGUCCGACAAAGUUGUAUCCUGUCACCCAUACUGGUCAACUACGCCAUUGACUGCAUCCUCGGGAGGGCCAUACGCGACAGUGACGGCGUUGAAUUUGAACCUGGACAUCGAUUGACUGAUCUAGACUAUGCCGAUUAUAUCGCCUUACUUGCUUCAAGUUUUGCUGAUCUGCUGUCUAUGGUGGCACGAGUGAACGAGGUCGCUAAAUCAGUUGGUUUGUCCAUAAACGCUGGGAAGACCAAAGUAUUCUCAAGCUGCAUCCUCGACCAGGAGAAGGCACCUCUGGGGAUUGAUGGCUGUCAACUUGAAGAAGUGGACAGUUUUAAAUACCCCGGGGCGCGGCUGCUGCCUAAUGGACAGAGUAAGGACGACAUUGUCUCCCUAAUCGAUGCUGCCCGCUGGGUUUUUUCAAGCCUUCGGAAAUGCCUGUGGAACCGACGUGACCUCUCCAUCGCCACUAAGAUUCGCGUGUACCAUGCAUCUGUCCGGUCUUUCCUUCUCUACGGUUGCGAAUGCUGGGCUUUGCGCGUGGCGGAUGAGCGAAAACUGGAGGUAUUUGACCACCACUGCUUGAGGAUCAUCCUUCGAGUGAAGUUAACCGACUUCGUCUCAAAUGAGAUAGUCCGCGCUCGCUGCGACAACAUCGAGAGGAUAACUCAGGCCAUCCAAGAAAAACGACUGAGGUGGUUCGGGCAGGUUCUUCGUCGUCCACCUCAGGAGCUCAGUGUUACUGCCCUCGAUCCGGCUCCGUUGCCCCAUUGGAGGCGUCGAAGAGGAUGCCAGUUCAAAACCUGGCUCGACACUGUUUGUCUAGACAUGGAGGUGGUUAUUGGACCUUCGGUAUUCGGUCUCCGUCGUUGUCGAAGGGAAUGA